CCGAGAAAUCGUAUAGGUUGCGUUGUUUACACAAUCUUGUCAGAAAGAAAGUGUAGCCGAAAUCUAGGGACUUAUUUUCAUGUUCGAUCGUACGAUAUUUCCAUCAUCUAUCAGAUUAAUCAAACAUGAAUGGAUUUAGUACAGAAGAAGAAACUCAAAACAGUCACAAUCAGAUCUGCUGUCUUCUGGAUGACAACGAAAGAUGUUCUCGACCGGCAGGCAAUGCGAGCUACAAUAAACGCAUUCAGAAAACGCUCACUCAGCGAAAGUCAAAAUUAAACAUUGACCCCAACGCUCGCCACAUAUACAUUUGUGACUACCAUAAGGGUUUCAUACAGAGUCUCCGUGCAAAGCGAAAACGGAAAGAUAGCGAUGACGAUAACGGCUCUAAUGAUCAGGAUAUCGAUUUACCAGAAGUUGAUUUAUUUCAAUUACAACUGAAUACUCUUCGUCGAUAUAAGCGCCACUAUAAGAUCCAAACAAGGCCCAGUGCUAAUAAAGCUCAGUUAGCCGACACAUUAUCAAGGCAUUUCAAAACAAUACCUGUGAUAGAGAAGGAAGCUAUAACAUUUUUCAUCUAUAUGGUCAAAAACAACAAAAACAAGCUGGAUCAGAAAAACGGGGCUGACGGCUCAUCUGGUAGCUAGUGUGCACAGUCGGUGGAAGGAAAAACAUUUUUUUUUUCCAAUGUCAGUUUAUGCAGACUUUUUUUUAGUACAGUACAAUUUUGUGAUGCUUUGGCAUCAACUUUUUGGGCACAACUGCUUAUAAUCCACACAAAAAGACAACAGCAAAACCCAUUUUGAUCUCUUAGAAGUAAAUUUUCAGUAGAGAAUAUCUUUAAGAACAUGUUUAAAAUUCAUUUAUAAAUUGUUCGUACAGAAAUUUUAUUCAUUUUAUCCAAAGUUUUAAGAUCAAAAAUGUUGCACUUUGCUUAGAUUUUUAUGUUUGUGUGUUUUCUGUGCCGAAGUUGCUAGUUUACUUCCCUGUAAAUUGUGUUUGAAUACUUUUAAAUAAUAAUAAUAAUAAAAAAAAGCAUUUCAAUGAUACAGAAUUAAAAUUUAUUUUAGGUUGAACUUAUUUCAUGUAGAUACAAUUUAUAAAUGAAUCUUUGUGCAAUUUACAAUGCAAAUCUUAAAUGAUAUAAGACAUUGUUUAUAGUUUAAUGAAGAAUUCAUGAUUUUAUUUUUAAAAUUAAACUCUAUGCAUGCAUAUUUAUUUGUGUGCAUAUAUAUAUAUAUCUGGGAACUUUUUGAUGUGUUUAAUUAUAUUAUAAUUAAUUUAAACUUUGUUUCUAAUUUGCUAGUGUUUGUGUUGUUGCUUAUUUGUUAUAUUUUAAUACUGUACAAGUAUUCACUAUGCUUCUUUCUUAUUCACUUUAGUAUAGAAGAUAACUUGUUAAUUUUCUCUAAUGUGCAUUUUCUGAGAAUGAUAAAAUCAUUAUAAAAACAAGCACAAGAAGUUAGAUUGUCUAUGGAUAUUUGAGUAACUUCCUUUUUUGCAUAUUGUCCCAGUAUUCAAUUAAGCAUAAAUCGUAACAGACGGCACACACUACGUUCACACGUGCUAAAUCAAUCCUUGACCUGUUUUGAUGUAGCGAGCAUGCAUCUUCCUAUAGUUCUGUUAUUCCUAUGCGACUUUUGUAUUAUGUUUUUGCAAAUUUUAAAUAAUCUUUCUUACUGUUGUACAGAGAAAUGGAGAUCAGCUUGAUGUAUAAACCAAUUAGAUUUGUCUUCAUUUGCCUAAUUUGUUUUUCUCUUGCAUGUUUCUAACUGCAUUCUGCUAUUGUAUUUCUGUUACAUAAGACAGAUUCAGGCACCAUCAUCUCCUUGCUCCAGGCUAAUUCUUUUCUUCCAGAUGGUUCUAAAUUAUUUAAUAAAUUAUUAGAAAUUAUAACUGCAUCACUGUUUUUUCAACCAUUACCUCAGAUCUAUAAACUGUUUAAUGAUUUAUUGACUAAGAAUUAGUGUCACAUCCUGCAUUUUCUUUGGUAAAAACAGAUUUUGGUAUUGGAUCUCUAAUAGAUAUAGCACAUUUUGUUUAUGUUACAUUAGUGCUAAAUAAUAUUUUUUGCUUUUAACUAUGCAACUAAUUGAAGAUUGGUGCAUUAUCACAUCACCACAUCAGUUGUUUAUAUACAUUUCAUAUUUCAUAUAUUAGUUACACCUCUGUUUACAAGAGCAAGCUGUUGUACAGUACAUGUAGUGUAAAUGGAUUUUCAGUUGCACUCUUUAAUUUAAAGAAGAAAAAUCAACUCAUUGUGUUUUAAUGAUGUAAUACCAUUCCAAAAUGUUUGUGAAAUUUUAGUCGGCCCUCAAAAAUACUGAUUGUCUGUUAUGUCCAAAGACAUCGUGAUUACCAACAUUCAUACAUAAGAUGGAAACAUACUUAUAAGCAUGGAUGUAAGCAAUAACUGUCAAUAUGCUGCCUAGCAGACAUUUUACAUGUUAACAGUUAGUCUGAUGUUCUCAAACACUAAAUUCACUCCAAUGGAUGCCUUAGAAUGAACAGAUUUGAUCUGUUCCCAAAAUUUGUUAUAUCAAGAUCAUGAAGUCAAUGCUUGACAGUGCAGGAUAAUCAAAUGAAAGUGAAACUUUUAGGAAUUUCAUGACACUGUGAGUGAGACUUAGUCUUUCCACAUUACCUGUAUUUGUCCAGCCAUUUCAGUAUGGCACGUUAUCUGAUAGCAGAUAUAGUUUAGCUAUUGCUUUAUUACCUUUAGCUGUUACAAGCCAUUUGGCAAAAUAAACAGUUUAGCCAAGAAGGAAAUGCAAAAGAAAAUGUAAACAGUUUGAUCAAAAGUACUUGUUGCUUUUCAUUUCUUUUGCUAUGUUUUCCAAAAUAAUGUCUCUGAUGCAAACAUCCACACUGCGCAUCAUUGGUUUCCGUAUUGGUGACAUUCUUCAAACAUUCCUAUCCUAUUGGCUGUUGCGUGACAAUACUUUUUCUGCAUGGUAAAAAUAGGUUAUGUGACUAACCAUCCCCAACCAGGAUGCCUAGACAACACUUCAGAGGUGCUAGAAGAAAACAAAAUUACCAAGUUGGGAUGUCAUUAUUAGAAAACGGUUGAAAAACUCUGUUCAUCAAUACCCAUUGCUGCAACAAUAUUAUACCAGAACGUGCCACACUUACAAACAAAUUGGCCUUUAUGUUAGCCAGUGGAUGUGUCAUACUCUCUAUUUUAUAGCUAAUUCCACAAGGAGUCUUAUUCCCUUCUCAUAAAAACAGCUUGGCAGCUUGGCAGCUUGUGAACCCAUCCCACAAUCCCUUCUUGUAUGUCAUCUGAUUUCUAUAGUUAAGCACAUCAUGCAUUAUUGGAUAUGCCAAGCUGUGGCUAAUCUGCAAACUGGGCAGCUUUACCGAUAGUGAUGGACUGGUUACACUGGAUCGAGGCAUUUCCAGCAGCAGAGUUAGCAUCUGCGAUGGCCAGCUUUGGUCUGCUGUCUUGCAAAUUGCCUGAUACCAAUUAUCAUCCUGCAUGAAACCUCUCGACCCAUUCAGACUUGUAUUUUUGACAACAUAUUCUUGUCACAAACAGUUACCAAUGAUGAUGAAUUUCAUUGGGUUUAACUUUCUCUUAAUGUCGGCAAUUCAGUGACCGAAUGCCAUCCCUCUUUUGACAGACUUGCACCAAUGGAUGUCAUUUUCUGGAGUGGCUUCCCCAUGCUGCUAUGUUGUAGCAGGGCUGUGAACAUAUUCAAAAUAUUAAUAGUCAAGGCUCCCACAUACCAGCCAAGUUCUGUUUUUCCAGAAAAAUAAUUCUGGUUUCUUUUUGACUGAAUCAAGUAUUAUAGUUCACCUGUUUUAAAAAGUCAAACUUUUGUUAUUUGAUUAUUUUCUAGAUCGUUCGGACCUUUUCUACAACGUCAGUUUUAAAUUUGUGUUCUGGAAGUGUUCCCGAGUCUCAAAAGCAUUGAUCAAGUACAGUUUUUUUUUACUCCAGGAGAUCAUAAUGCUUAAUUGAAAGUGUUUAAAUUUCAUUAGGGAAGCUUGGCAUGUUGUUUUGUGCCAUAUUUUUUGGCAUCAAGAUUGCUAUUUUUCAUGCGCAACAUAUACAUGAACAUAUUCAAAAGAGAUUAUGCUUUUUUUCAUUAGUGACUACCACUUAAAAUUAUAUGUAAAUAUUAUUCUAAGCCAUAUGGCAUCUUUGAAUAGAGAAACUUCUUUACAAGUGUUUUUCCAUUUGUUACUUAUUCCUAUGUCUUUAUCCUAAAUCAUCUGAUUGUAAGGAAUGCAACAUCAUUUAUAGACGAUAAUUUUCUUAAAUUUCAACUUUGUACUCAUUGUGAGAACAGAUGAGUCUCUUGCCCAAAGAUAUUUCUUAUUAAUUAUUCGAGAGAGUGAGUCUAUUUUUUACAUGCACACUAUGUGAAUGGAGAUCUCCCUUAAGCAGUCUUUUGACUUUUUUUUUAUCAUUGAGCACAACUUUGCAAUGCUUUAAAACCCAUGACGAAUAAUUUUUCUGAAAUAAGAGAUUAUUAAUUUUGUUCACACUCAUGUUAAUUUUGAAUUAGUUACUUUAAGUUAACUAUUAAAAUGUUUAACAAUAAACUAUAGUUCCCAUUUAUAUAUAUAUAUAUAUAUAUAUAAACAACUCAGAGUAAAUAAACUGAGCCGAAAUAAUUAAAUAUUGUAUGUGUUUUCUACUUAAAAUUGCCAAGAAGGUCCGGCUUUUGUAGACACCAACCCUUUAAAUGGUCUUUGUUCGUCCUUCAACUGGAUGACCAUUCAAUGCACUUUAGCAUAGAUCCAUUGCAUUUCUUCACAAAUUGCAAUAUAUCAGCUAAUAAAUAUGCAAAAAUUAAUCUGUAAAACAAUGUUGAAUAUCGUGACCUUUGCCAAUCAUAAAAUUAAAAAAAAAUCGGAGCAAAACCGCACGAUUUUUAUGGAUUUUUUUUUUUGGAUUCUUUGAAAGAAAAAACAAAAUUCUAUACAUAUAUACAUACAAACUUCAAAUAAAAUGAAAUUUAUUGUCCCUCAAAAUUUUAUACAGGUUUUACUGUAUGAUGAAAUUUUUCAACAACAAAAAGAAAAUGGAGGAGGGCAUAUACAAAACAUGUAUAUUAUGCAAAUAGUCAUUGUGAAUUGCACAUAUUUUAUAUAUACAUAUAUAUAUAUAAUAAAUUUUUAUUAGAUUUUACAACUAAUGUAAUAUAAUUCUCUAUAAAUUGUAAAUAACGUAUUUUAUUUCUUCUCUAAAAAUGUCAAAAUUUAAAAAGAAAGUGGAGGUACAUAAGAUGCGAGAAUGACCUUUAUUUUUGUUAGAGGAAAUGCCCGCCGCAUCUUAAAUUUUCCAGGGGAGGAAAAAACGUCGACGUGCCCUGCUCCGAAAGCGAAUCGAUAGAAUGUCUUAGAAAUCGAAGAAUGUGCUUUAUUCCCGUCACUAAGCUUAAAAGCUGUCGGAAUGUUUUUAUACGUGUACGCGUGCGUACUCUUCCUUUCGGUCUCCUUCGAUUUUUGGUGACUAGAAUUUCUUU